UCAUACUUCUUAGAUAUCUUCUUGAAGGUGAUCCCUAAAAAGAGAGCUGGCAGUCGCGAACAGGGCGUUUGAGGGAAGAUCUAAAAGUGAUAGGAGUGCCACACGCCGCCAGCCAACGUUCGCCAGCUUACGAACGGCCGGCACACACAGGCACCGGUGACGCGGUACACAGUGAAUCAGUCUGUGAAAGACCGUGAUAGAGGCGGGAUGUCGACGGAGAAAUUGAGAGUCACCGUUACUGAUAAUGACUACGAUGGCGAUGAACUCGUCGGGAACACCAUGCUGUCGAAGUGGGACAUCGUCAGCGUUACGAUAUAUUUCAUUCUCGUGAUGGCUGCUGGGUUUUAUUCGAUGUGCCGGCCGAACCGUGGCACUGUUGCCGGUUACUUCCUGGCGGGUCGGUUCAUGUGGUGGCUCCCGGUCGGCGCCUCUCUCUUCGCCAGUAACAUCGGGUCGGAACACUUCAUCGGACUAGCCGGGUCAGGGGCGGCGGCUGGCAUCGGUGUUGGGGCCUUUGAGUUCAAUGCGUUGGUACUACUGCAGCUUUUAGGAUGGGUCUUCCUGCCGGUGUUCAUUGCCAGUGGGGUCAACACACUCCCAGAAUAUACCAAAAAAAGAUUUGGUGGUCGACGCAUUCAGACAUACCUGGCUCUUCUUUCACUUAUCCUGUACAUCUUCACAAAGAUAUCUGUAAACUUGUACUCAGGAGCAAUUUUUAUCCAGCAAGCCACAAAGAUUAACAACCUCUACCUGUCCAUUGUGUUUCUACUGGUUAUGACAGCCAUAUGUACAGUGGUUGGAGGCCUUGCUGCUGUCAUUUACACAGAUACCCUUCAGUUCUUCAUCAUGAUUGGAGGGUCGUUUUAUGUGAUGAUUAAAGGCUUAUAUACAGUUGGUGGAUACUCUGAGCUGCAAACCAAGUACCUUGCCUCAAUACCUGAAAAGUUAAUUUCCAACUCAACAUGUGGGCUUCCUCGUGUAGAUUCAUGGAGAAUGUUGAGAGAUGCAGACACCUCUGUUAGUGACAUGCCUUGGCCAGGAUUUCUGCUGGGCCAGAUACCUGCUUCCAUUUGGUACUGGUGUGCAGACCAAAUGAUGGUGCAGCGAGUAAUGGCAGCCAAGAGUUUAUCACAUGCCAAAGGAGGAACAAUAUUUGCUGGUUAUGUCAAGCUUUUACCUUUAUUUAUUAUGGUUCUUCCAGGGAUGAUAGCACGUGUCUUAUUCCCAAAUGAAGUCGGUUGUGUAGACCCUGAUGAGUGCUUCAAAUUUUGCAACUCUCGAGUAUCUUGCUCCAAUUCUGCAUACCCAAAGCUGGUUCUAGAGUAUAUGCCAAGUGGUGUCCGAGGUGUCAUGCUCUCCGUCAUGCUCUCUGCCCUCAUGAGUGAUCUCACCUCUAUCUUCAACUCAGCAUCGACACUGUUUACGAUGGAUAUGUGGAGUAUUUACAGACCAAGGGCCAAACAGAGAGAGCAACUUUUGGUUGGAAGGAUCUUUAUUGUGUUUCUUGUAGUGAUUUCUAUUAUAUGGAUCCCAGUGAUAGAGCAGACGCAAGGGGGCCAGUUAUACAUCUACAUACAGGCCAUUGCUGCUUAUCUAGCACCACCCAUUGCUGCUAUCUACUGCAUGGCCAUUAUUUGGAAACGAAUGAAUGAACAAGGUGCAUUUUGGGGUCUCAUGAGUGGCUUUGUGGUGGGAAUGUUCCGCAUGAGUUUGGAUUUCUACUAUGGAGAACCACCAUGCAACGAAGAAGAUAAUCGACCAUUCAUUGUUGCUAAAGUGCACUACAUGUACUUUGCAACAAUACUGUUUUGGCUAACUGUUUUUGUAGCAGUUACAGUGAGUCUUUUGACAAAGGCACCUGAAAAAUGGAGGCUUAUUCGGACCACAUAUUUCACACGCUAUGAUCGCCGAGAGCGGCAAGAUGACCAGGAGAUGCGGGAGUGGAAACAGAAUGAACUUAUGGAGGUUGGACAGCAAGACCAAGAUGAAGCUGAACAUAUUCCUCACCGUGAUACACCUUGGUACCAACGAUUAUAUAACUGUAUUUUUGGUUUUGAUGACUCUGAAAAGGCACAGGAACAAGCUAUGGCAAUGAAUGAGCACAUUGCUCAGCUAACAACCCUUCAUCAGGAACCAUGGGAGAAAAACCUGCUGAAUGUGAUGCUUGUAAUAAUCAUCAUCACAACAGUAGCCUGCUACACCUAUUUUUCGAUAAAUCCCUUUACUGAAGAGGAGGUUAAGGAAAUCCAGCGGAAGAAAUUAGAAGAGCUGGGAUAUCAUGAUCUUUUAUGAGCAUAUAAUGUCGUCACAGCCCACCUUUGAGGGCAUAAAUUUGCUUGCAAGGCAUUUAUUUAUGACUGCUUUUUGAUGACAUCGUAAAGCACAUUUUUCUCAAGUAUCACAAAGUGCCAUGGGUAUGAAUGUAUACCAUCUCACAAAAGAAAAAUGAUAUGGAAUUUAUUUGAGGAUAGGGACUUAUUCAUGUUAUAUACUUCAACGGAAUUGUGGUUAUGUUUCCUCUUCCAUAAGGUGCCUAUAAUGAAAUGUCUGGAAGGUCUUGUAUACUUAUCUGAGUGCAUUAAUUUAUAUAUUUAUUAUUUUGAUAAUUAAUAUAUUGCUCUCAAUCGAGUGUGUGAGUUUUCAAGUAUGCAAACACACGUGUGCAUGAUUUCCUUUUUCAUGUAAGUUUCCUUUUUAAAUGUUAUUGCUGACAGAUUUACAUAAAAGCACUUGCUCUUAUU